UCUCUCUCUCUCACCUUCCUCUUCUUCACUGAUUCAUUUCUUCUCUAAGCGGUUUUCAUCAAGCAGCCAGACGAAACUUUCUAACGAUCUACCUUCGUACAAGGAUACUUCUUCGUUACUAUGGCAACCAGAAAUGCUUUGAGAAUUGUGUCUCGUAGGUUCUCCAGUGGCAAAAUUUUUAGCGAAGAGGAGAAAGCUGCUGAGAACGUUUUCAUUAAGAAAAUGGAGAAGGAGAAGCUUGAGAAGAUAGCCCGACAGGGUCCUGGAGAACAAGCAGCAGGGACAGCAAGCGAAGCCAAGGCUGCUGGUGCAACAGCAUCUGCAUCAGCCGAGUCAGGCCCAAAGGUGUCAGAAGACAAGAACAGAAACUAUGCGGUUGUGGCAGGCGUGGUGGCUAUUUUCGGUUCGAUUGGUUGGUACCUGAAAGCAGGUGGAAAGAAGCAGCCAGAGGUCCAAGAGUAAAGGAGGUGAUUGAUUGAUGGACACAAUUGAAUGAAUAAACAGGGAGUGCCUUACCAAUUCCUCUCUUGCAAGAAACUUUUGGUUUCGGUUACCCAAAUCUUGAAACAGUUUUCUUUUACGGUUUGUUGACAUUUAGUUUUGGAAUCUUAACUCCAUAGACUUUUUUCGCUCUCUUUUGAAUCUUGAUCAGAAUUAGGUAAA